AUGGAGGUCGUGGAGUUUCCAUUUUCUGCUGCUCGUGGAGUUUCGUCUUCCAGCACGCCGGCAGGGGAGCGUGGAAUAGUGUGUGUUGAUAUUGAGGGGGGCUUGAAUGGAUGGAGUACGGGUGGAGAUUUUUGUGGGAGGAGCGGGUGCUCGGCGGUGGCGGGAAGUUUUGAAAAUUUUCGGUCUUUGGGUGUUGAAUGGAGUUUGGCGGUAAAGCCGGGGACUUUGGGUGGGGGCAUUACUCGUCUGCGUGGCGUGGCCUUCUCCGUUUCCCUUUUUAUGGAUCGCCACCGUAUACAGCUGCUCCUUCUCCGGUGUUAUCAGCUGAUUUUGGCCGGAUAUAUCCUGCACUCGAUUCACCUUUCACUAUUCAACGAAUUCAUGCCCGUCGGCGGCAGACUCAGAUGUCCUUUCCAGUUGUUGUUCGUCUCUUUCUUGCUGGAGUGUAACAGACAUGGGGCCUUUCCGGUUUGCUUCAGCUUCUUGUCCAUCACUAGAACCCUCAGCUUCUUGGUGGCCAAAGGCAUAGACGUUACCUUCAGCUCUGUUACACCAGUGCCUUUGAAUCCCAUCGAGAGAUCUUUCGCCGCUAUUUCUGAAUUUGAACAUUCGACAGCUGAUAAAGUGAGAGGAGAGGCCAUUGACCUCUCGCAGCAUCACUCGGUAGAACUUCUGUCGCAUCCUCAGUAUGAGAUGAAAUCCCAACCUUCUCAGCCUCAACGCAAGUACUCUUAUGUUCAUCUUCAGUUGGUUUGGUCCAGGUUUCAGCCCUUGUUGACUCUUGCUCGCCUUUAUUGGCAGAAUACAUUGGUAGCCGUCUGUACAUAUUUUGGAGAUUCAGCAUCUGAAGUUGACCUGUCAGCACCAUCACCGUCACUUGUAUCUCUGAUAUUCAGAGCUGCAGAAGUGAAGUCUGAUAUUAUUUCUUUGCUUGCUUCCUUCUCUUUGUUCUUUUCAAAUUCUGUCUCCUCAAAGUCAUAUGUUGCCUCGAGCCACGUUUCUUCUAUGGGAUUUAGACUAGGCUUGGUUGCUGAAUCUUUUUCUGACACGACAUCGGAUGAUGGAACUUCCUCCAAUGCAACAGAGUUGGAACUAACAUUGGAUGAUGGAAUUUCCUCUAAUGCAACAGACUUGGAACUAUCUGACAUACUGCUAUUUUCUGGUGCUUUGGUGGGGCCAUCCUCUACCACUGUCUUCUUCUGUGCAUCAAUCUUAGUAGAAUCCUGCUCUGGUGGUUCAGAUGUUGAGCUGGUAACUCUGGCCACAAGCUCAUUGCUUUCAUCUGAUGCAUUUAGGCCAAAUGCUUCAAUCUCCUCCGUUACUUGCGAGGGCUCGUCAGUUGUUUCUUCUUUUAUCAAUGCAUCAUCUGUGAUUUUCUCAUUUUCAACAAUGCCAGCUAUGAAAGAGCCUUCAUUAACAAGCAGCAUGGUUUUCAUCCAAACCUCAGUAAUGUUUCCCGUCAAAUCUUCUGCAAAAGUAGUUUUUUCUGAUUCAUCUGGUUUGGUUGCUGAGGAUUCUUCUUUGUCAAAAUCUAGAACAUUGGUUGCAAUAUCCUACAGCAAGAAUCGAAAACUUCAAGAAUUCGUGGCUCAACAUCAUUGUUGUUCCCAGUUGAAGCAUUUCUCUGAGAUGGUUCGUGCAGUUCAUCUACUUCCACUGGAGAUUUCUUGUGGAUCUGCAGGUGGGACUUGGUCCUCUUUAACUGAAGCAGAUGCUUUAUCAUCAGUUUCUACUUGCAAUGAAACAAUA